AAAUAGUAGCUGCUUGUCGUGAAGCACUGCUUUCAUUGAAACAAGUACUCUUCAAUCACAUCAAGUUUUCGAACAAAGCCAUCCCCCAAGCUCUAUUUCGCAUCUUUAAUCAGGUCGAUCGAUUCACAAGUCCGACAAUCACAAUGGCUGACGAGGUUAACGUCGCUCCCAAUGAGAAGGAGACCAACGGUGUCCAGCAACAGACGACACAGCGCCAUGGUUUCUCACACAACCACCAUACCGACUUCAACGAGAUGACCAUUGGCCAGUAUGCUCAGGCUUUUGGUGGUGCUCUCCAGCCUGGGGCAUGGAGGCCAUAUGAGCACCGCAAGCUCGCCAACCCUGCCCCUCUGGGUCUUUCUGCCUUUGCCUUGACCACAUUUGUUCUAUCAGCUAUCAACAUGCACGCUCGAGGUGUCGCGGCCCCCAACGUCGUUGUCUCCCUCGCCUUUGGCUAUGGUGGUCUUGUUCAACUGCUCGCUGGCAUGUGGGAGGUUGCUGCCGGUAACACCUUUGGUGCCACUGCGCUGGGUUCAUAUGGUGGUUUCUGGAUCUCAUACGGUAUCCUCUUGACUCCCGAAUGGGGCAUCACAGCUCCGGAUGGUCCGUACAAGGGCGACGUCGCAAGCGUUCUUGGCUUCUUCCUGACUGGCUGGUUCAUCUUCACUACCGUCCUUCUGCUCUGCACCCUGCGAUCCACCGUUGCCUUCUUCCUCCUCUUCUUGUUCCUUGACCUGGCUUUCUUCUUCCUUGCCAUGGAGCAGUACGCUACCGACUUGGGCAACGCAACCGCUGCCUUGGCCCUGCAGAAGACUGGUGGUCUCUUUGGCUUCUUGGCCGCUUUCGCCGCUUGGUACAAUGCCUUGGCCGGUAUUCAGGACAGCAGCAACUCUUUCUUCCAGGUUCCCGUCAUCCAUUUCCCCUGGUCCGAGGCGGCCCGUGAGCGCCGUGCUAGCAAGUCUGAGCGCGCUCAGGCAUAAAGUUCCUUUGAGGGAAAGAGUGCUAUGUUCUUGGUUAUGAGCGAUGUUGGAGUAAGGAAUGAUACCUGAGUGAAGCGAGCGCGCAGUUCCUAGCGGGCUGGGCUGCGAGCAGGAAUGAUUAUCUGGGCCUUUUUUCUUUUUUAUCUGGUUACCAAACGUUAUUGCGAUGUAAUGCAGGAAGCCGCAUCCCGGCUGCUGAUAUACCUAUUAAUGAAAUUGACGUUUACGUCUUCUGCCCAGCAUUGCUACCG